CAUCUCUCACCAGUCAUCUCCGCCAUCUCUCUCGCUUCCUCUGUUUUCUUCCCCGUCUCUUUUUCUUCUCUCUAAAACUCUAUUUUUCUCUUUAAUCUCUCUUUAUUUUUCUCCCUGUUUCUUGUUAUAAUCAUGCUUCUGAGAGCUGCACCAGCAUUCUCUCUCUUGGACACUCAUGGGUUAAACCUAAAUCCCCUGUUUUCCUCUCUUUCGUCUUCUGCAUCGUCGUUGAACUCUGUUCUGAGGGCUUUUCCAGGGAAAACUGGAAAUGGGUUUGUGGUUUGUGCGACGAAGGGUUCAAGUUCUAAUAGUCGGCCGCUUACUGGUGUCGUGUUUGAGCCGUUUGAAGAGCUGAAGAAGGAGCUCAUGCUUGUACCCACCGUUCCUCACUCUUCUCUUGCACGCCAGAAGUAUGCUGAUGAGUCUGAAGCUGCAAUCAAUGAACAGAUCAAUGUGGAGUACAAUGUUUCGUAUGUGUACCAUGCUAUGUUUGCCUACUUUGAUAGGGACAACGUUGCUCUCAAGGGUCUUGCCAAGUUUUUCAAAGAGUCUAGUGAAGAGGAAAGAGACCAUGCUGAGAAAUUGAUGGAGUAUCAGAACAAAAGGGGUGGCAAAGUGAAGCUGCAGUCCAUUCUGAUGCCGCUGUCUGAGUUCGAUCAUGCUGAGAAGGGUGAUGCUUUGCAUGCAAUGGAACUUGCAUUAUCUCUGGAGAAGCUGACCAAUGAAAAACUUCUAAACUUGCACUCUGUAGCCUGCCGAAACAAUGAUGCGCAGUUAGCUGAUUUUGUUGAAAGCGAGUAUUUGACAGAGCAGGUGGAUGCCAUUAAGAAGAUCUCCGAGUAUGUUGCUCAGCUGAGAAGAGUGGGCAAAGGACAUGGAGUCUGGCACUUUGAUCAGAAGCUCCUCCAUGAGGAAGUGGAAGCUGCAGCAUAAUGAAGUUACCCUUUUGUUUGGCGCCAUACGGUGUAGCUUCCCCUGUUUACUUCUUUUUAUCAUUUUGUAGGAUGUUCUAUGCGGGAUUUUUAUGGUUUUAGGUUUUUGCUUUGAGAUUUCGGGUGUAGUUAGCUACAAAAAAUUGUGUCGAUGGUGGAAGCAAAGUACAUUCGGGACUAGUAUUAGACAUCUGUAUUAAAUCCAGUUAUGAUGCGAUGGAUUUCAAACAAUGAUGCUGUGAAAGUCUGUUACCUUAGAAAUGGAACAAAUUUCAUCUGCUUUAUUCUGCUUGUUCUUCAAUGGGCUAAGGAUAGAGAGCUGUCACAUUGUAAUUACGUCUUAAAUCUGCCUCUUUUGUAUCACUCAUUGGUUGAAAGCAAUGGAGUGAUAGUUUGCAUUCACCCCACAAUGCAUCAAAGAUUCCAAGGGUUGUGAACUUUGGGUUCUUACGACCCAUAUUGUUUCCUGAUACCUUGAGC